GAGAUGUAAGAGGCAACAUCAGACGGUUUUUGCGGAGGCAGCAUCUUGAUAGCGCACGGAAUGUCAGGGUCCCGAAACGUUAGGUCCAGCAGCAAUGACCUCUCUACUUCUCCCCUGAACCAAUAUAUUCUUACCGAUUACACAUGGAUAUUAUCCCUUUGUCGUCUUAACAACACCAUAUCUUACCAACAUUAUACUUGGACAAUAUUAUCUUACCAACACCAUAUUUUCUCUAAGCAAUAAAAUAUUCUUAGAAGCCCUGUUGCUGACCCUGCAAGCUCUCAGUAGAAUUAAGAGAAUACGGUCUCGUUCACUGGAUAACUAAUACAUAAUAAUUCACGUUCUCUAUGAACUUAAGGCCUACGCUAGAGUCGGUAGAGGCUUGAAAUAACCCCCCGCCAUUGUGUUAGUUGCGCAAAUUCGGACGCCACGUCCGAAUAACGUUUCUAGUGCUGACGUCCAUCAUGGUUUCCACGAUAUUUUUGCUGCUAGGUGCAGCUAUUUCAUAUUGUAUAUUCAACAUAAUAUCAGGACUCAGGGCUAAUAUCACCGCCGCAAAACGAUCCGGUCUGCCUUAUUAUGUCAUCCCCAUUAGUCCAUGGAAUCGAAUAGGACAAAUAUUCAAUUCGAUCUGGGUUCCUAUGUACAAACUACUCCCGCGCAAAUUGUGGCAAGACAUUGAACCUAUCCUAUCUACGAACUGGCAAUAUGAAGAGAAUCACAAAUUGUUUGCCAAAUUGGGAGACACCUUCUUGAUCGUCUCGCCAGGUAUGAUCAUAUGCUAUUCUGAGAAUGCAGAGGUCCUUCACCAGGUUACGUCAAAGCGGGAGGCGUUCCCUAAACCGACAGAGGCCUAUGCAAUCCUUGGACAGUAUGGCCAGAACGUAUUAACGUUGGAAGGCGCCGCUUGGCGCAUGCACCGCAAGAUUACUUCCGCUUCUUUCAACGAGAAGAAUGCUGCCCUAGUAUUUAAAGAAUCCAUCGGACAGACGGAAGGGCUGAUGAAUAUGUGGCUUGGCUCCGACGGGCUAGGAAACAAGACAAUUAAGACAUUGGAGCGGGAUACGGCAUCGCUCACACUCAACAUUAUCGCGAGCAUCGGAUUCGGUCUCAAGAUCCUGUGGCCUGGCCAAGAAUACCCACCGGACGCUGAUCCAAGAUUGGCUAAGUACGCGACUCAGGGGGCACCCGAGGGGCAUACAAUGACUUUCGUAACGGCGUUGGCACAUACUCUAGAUUAUCUCAUCCUGCUUCUCAUCACUCCAAAGUGGAUUCUUAGGAACAUUCCUAGCAAGACCGCGAAUCUUGCUGCGGAAGCAGAAAGCAACUUUGUAGGUUACCUAAACGAAUUCUUGCAAGACAAGAUCGAAGAUGUGAGGAAUGGGGACAGCACGGAGCAGGGUCUGGAUAUCAUGGGUGCGUUGGUCCGUACGAGUUAUGGGGAAAGCCCGAAGAACGGAUCCCAGAUCGCGCGGCUGUCCGAUUCAGAAAUCAUUGGUAACGCUUUCAUUAACAUUGUGGCGGGCCAUGAAACCACAGCCAACAUCAUCCAUUUCGCUAUCAUUGAGCUGGCCACAAAUCCGGCUUCGCAAAGACGGCUGCAGCGGGAUAUAGACAGCAUCCUCGGCGACGCGGAUCCAAAAACUUGGGACUAUGAUGCGAAACUGAACCCUCUGCUCGGGUCAAUGGUCGGCGCUGCUAUCAAUGAGACUCUCCGGCUGGUUCCUCCUGUGGUCGACAUACCGAAGAAGAUCACAUCACCACAGGGUCAAUCUCUCACCAUUAACGGAACACAGUACCCACUUCCUCAGAAUACGACCAUCGGUCUAGUAGUCGUAGCCUCGCAACGCAGUCCUAGGUACUGGCCGACCAAACAGAGUAAGAUAAGCGAUUCCGAAACCGAUUUGGACGAUUUCGUGCCUGAGCGGUGGUUCCAGACGGAGUCAGCAAAGGUUUCCAGUGCUACUGUUGAGGGUGCGGACACGGAGGACUUUGGCGGCUACGCCGGAUCCGAUACCAGCGCACAAUUGUAUCAUCCUCCACGGGGUUCGUUCAUCCCCUUUUCAGACGGCGCAAGAGCGUGCUUGGGUCGACGCAUAGCGAUCGUGGAGUUAGUAGCGGCGUUGGCAGUCAUCUUUCAGAAAUACAGCAUCGAACUUGCGGUAGAUGAAUGGGCGAGUGAUGAGAAAGUAUCCAAGAUGAGCAAAGACGAGAAGGCGAAACUGUAUAAGACAGCACAGCAAAAGUCGAGGGAAACAGUUAAACUAGCGACGAGUAUGAUUACGCUAAAGCUACACGAGAACAAGUACGUGCCAAUUAGGCUAGUAAGGAGAGGCGACGAGAGAUUUGUGAAUUGGGUUGACUUAUAAGAGGAGGGGUCCAUGAUUUAGCGUGUAAACUUAUGGAUGGUAAACUUACACGGUAUAGGGGUCAAUCAUUAGGAAACAUCAAAGGCCGCAAAUAGGGAAAUCAGGAGGCUUUCACAUAAGUAUAGCAUGGAUUGAAUGAAUUAAGAUAAAAGUACGCCAUAUAAAUAAAAAGAGAUACGAUGCCAUUUGGAUAAGUUUGCUUUCCCUUUAGCUUACGUAGAUCAGUAUAGGUAUAUGUCCCCCUA